AUGGCCUCCAAAUCCGCCGUUGCUUUCAUGAUGGUUAACCUAGCCAUCUUUGCUUUUGUGUCAGCUAAUGCUGCUACUUGCCCUGACUUAAAUGUGUGUCUUAACAUUGCCAACGAAUUGGUGAAUGUCCCGUUAGGUAGCCAAUCAAGGACCUCAUGUUGUGAGCUCGUUCACGGAAUUGCCGAUGCUGAUCUUGUUCUCUGCCUUUGCACUAGCCUCAAAACCACCCCUCUCGGAAGUACCCUUGGCGAUCUCCUUAAUGUCCUUGGUGGUGUCCUUGGUGGCUUUAGUGGCAGCGACCUCCUUAACCAGGAGCUUCUCGCCAUCGUUAAUGCUUGUGGAGUUAACAAUCCUACUCAAUACAAGUGUCCCGUCUAG